AUGGACUAUUUUACUGUAAAACAGCAGUUUUAUACUGGUAACUAUGAAGAAGCGUUGAACGAAGUUUCUAAGUUUAACAAAACUGAAGAUGAGGCGUUGACUUACUACAGAAAUAGAUCAUUGAUUGCAUUGUCCCAGUUCAGUGAGGGUAGUGCUGAUUCUGGCUCACUUGGGCCUGUAUUUGAGGCUUACUAUAAAUUUUUAAGCAAACCUACAGGCUCAAUCACUGCACUAGAACAAACCGUUGAAAAGGCGGGCAGAUCUCCAUUUGCAUUGAACUUAUUAGCAAGUGCAUUGACUAUAAAGGGCGAGUUUAAAACUGCUUUGGAGGUUGCCGUUGAAGGAAUUGACUCCGAUGAAACAAGAGGAACCCCGGAACUACUGUUAACGGCCAUCCAAAUAACUUUGUUGGAUAAUCAACCAACCAUUGCCUCGACUAUGUUUGAAAAUUUCCAAGCACUUCAGGAGCAAUCGAACGACGAUGAAAUAAUUUUGAAUCUUGCAGAGUCAUACAUCAACUUCAACCAGGGUAAAGAGAUCACUGGAUCCAAUUUCUAUUUCUUUGAAGAGUUGUCUCAAACUUUCCCAAGUUGGAAGACUCAAUUAGGCCUAUUGAAUUUACACCUCCAACAAUCGCAUUUGCCUGAAUCCAAAGCAAUCAUCGACCUCUUAGAAAGCGAGUUCUACGAUAUCAAACAAGAAGCACAAACGUACAAGCCUGAUCUACUUGCAAAUAAGAUUACGUACACCAUCUUAUCUGGUGGAAAUGCAAACGAAUUGAGAUCGGAAUUGCAACAAUUGAAACCAUCUCACCCACUAUGUGUUGCCGACCUUGAAAAUAACAAGACUUUCGAUCAAAUUGUGGCAAAGUACACAGCCUAA